AGAAUCACAUAUUCGACGAAUGGAUGGACGGACAAGGUCACGGCACGGACAUGGAUCGAAGGCUUCGAGGAGCAGACACACCAGAUGGCUGCAGGACGGACGCGGUUCAUCUUCCUUGAUGGACAUAGCUCACACUAUGCGCUACCUGUCCUCCAGUUCGCCAAAGAGCAUAACAUCGAACUUCUUGGCUACCCUCCACACUGCACUCAUGCCCUCCAGGGCCUUGACGUGGUCUGCUUCGCGAAAUUCAAGCUAGCAUGGCGAGCGGAGCUCAGCCGUUAUCACGAGCUGUAUCAGCAGAAAGUCAAAAAAGAAGACAUUACAGGUCUAUUUGGAAAUGCAUAUCUAGCUGCCUUCACAGAGGAGACGGUGAAAGCCGCAUUUUCCGCAACGGGAAUCGUCCCGUUCAACCCAGAU